AUGGACCUCAACGUGGAUGAUCUAAUGUUUCUGGAGGACUCUCUAUUUCCAGAUUUCCAUUACGACACUAACAAACUCAUACCUCCUCUUCAUCAGGGGCACUAUGCGAACGGUGAGGAUAAUACGCCGUCGGGUCCACGACAGAUUCUACUCAGUUGCACUAGACAAGUUACGCCUUCGCCAGAAGAGUGUAAUCAACAGAGCCAUCAGCAAGCCCAGAAUGUCGGCGGUAGAGUGCUUCGACUGCCUCAGGAAGACGUCAACACUUUCGAAAAGAACACCCUGGAUAUCGAUAAUUAUGGCCUUAUCUCGAAUUUUAUAUUUCCCUCACGAAUACGGAUGACACGGCUGCUCAGUGCAUAUUUCGAGUACUUUGACCCUCAUGCACCCAUCGUUCACCGUGCAUCCUUUGAUGUUCAAAAGAGUCAUCCUGCUCUAGUCCUGGCUAUGCUCGCCAUCGGCGGUCUCCAUGUCUCCGAGCGCGAAUUUGCUGUUUUAGCCUAUGAAGCCUGCAGCAAAUUGCUGUACAAUGUAUACCCUCCGACUUUGGUGCACCCACGGACUCCGACUAACAUGUGUUAG